CCGAGAGAGGAGAGGGAGGAAAAAAAAAAGGAGAAAACUGUAAGUGCGUAAAAAAGUUCUCGCCGUGGUGACGGAUGCUCAAAAGUUCAGGAGUUUUUCCGAUGCUUCCCAAAGCAGCCUGGGACUGAAAAAGAGACUGAAAAAAAGCGAAAGGGAGAGAGAGAGGGAGACUUUGCACUGGGAGAUCGGGAAGACAACUUGUUGCAGAUCCCCGUGGAACAAGGAACUGGGAGCGUGGGAGCCUCUUUGCAAAGGUUUUAUUUUCUUAAUACUCUUUCUGCGUUUGGAAGUUGCUUUCUCCGCUGCGAUUACUUUUUUUUUUUUUUUCCCUCCCCCGUUUUCUUUUUAAAAACAUUUUUCCCCCUUUUUCACCCCCCUCCUUUUUUUCCAUUUUUUUGACUUUUUUUUUUUUUUUUUUUUUUUCCACCCCCCCCCUCCGCGCGGAGCUUGCCGGUGGGCUUUCCUGGGCGAAGAAGAGGAGACUUUCGGCGCUGCCGUGGUUAUUCUUCCUCCCUUUUUCCGCGCUCCGCCGGGGGGGUGGGGGGGUGGGGGUUGCCCGGCCGCCCGGUCCAGCUCGGUCCGCGGAGCGGCGGAGGGGUGGAGGGGGAAGGGACGCGCUGUUUGGUCCGGCGGGGAGGGUGGGGGAAAGCUGACGGGAGGACAUGCAGGCUCGCUACUCCGUGUCCAGUCCCAACUCCCUGGGAGUGGUGCCGUACCUCGGCGGAGAGCAGAGCUACUACCGCGCCGCGGCGGCGGCGGCCGGCGGGGGCUACACGGCCAUGCCGGCCCCGAUGAGCAUGUACUCCCACCCGGCCCACGAGCAGUACCCGGCCGGCAUGGCCCGCGCCUACGGGCCCUACACGCCGCCGCCGCAGCCCAAGGAUAUGGUGAAGCCGCCCUACAGCUACAUCGCCCUCAUCACCAUGGCCAUCCAGAACGCGCCCGAUAAGAAGAUCACCUUGAACGGGAUCUACCAGUUCAUCAUGGAGCGGUUCCCUUUCUACCGGGACAACAAGCAGGGCUGGCAGAACAGCAUCCGCCACAACCUCUCCCUCAACGAGUGCUUCGUCAAGGUGCCCCGCGACGACAAGAAGCCCGGCAAGGGCAGCUACUGGACCCUCGACCCCGACUCCUACAACAUGUUCGAGAACGGCAGCUUCCUCCGCCGCCGCCGCCGCUUCAAGAAGAAGGACGCCGUCAAGGACAAGGAGGAGAAGGACCGCCUGCACCUCAAGGACCAUGCCCCGCCGCGCCCGCCGCCGCCCGCCGCCGCCGAGCCCGAGGGCGGCCCCGCCGGGGGCAGCGCCGCGCCGCCGCCGCCGCCCGUCCGCAUCCAGGACAUCAAGACGGAGAACGGCACGGCCUCGCCGCCGCAGGCCGUGUCCCCCCCCGGCGCCGCGCCGCCGCUCGGCGCCGUGCCCAAGAUCGAGAGCCCCGACAGCAGCAGCAGCAGCCUCUCCAGCAGCAGCGGCGGCGGCGGCGGCGGCGGCGGCGGCAGCCCCCGCGGCACCCUCCCCUCCGGCCGCUCCCUCAGCCUGGAGGCCCCCGAGCCGCCCCCGCCGCCGCCCCCGCCGCCGCCGCCGCCGCCCCCGCCGCCCCCCCCGCCCCACCACCACGGCCCGGGCUUCAGCGUGGACAACAUCAUGACCUCGCUGCGGGGCUCGCCGCAGGCCGUUGCCGAGCUGGGCGCCGGCCUCCUGGCCCCCGCCGCCGCCGCCCCGCGCACCGGCAUCCCGCCCGCCCUCUCCCUCGGCGGCUACUCGCCGGGCCACAGCUCCGUUUACGGCUCGCCCUGCGGCCAGGCGGCCGCCGGCACCGCCGCCGCCGGCACCUACCACUGCAACAUGCAGGCCAUGAGCCUCUACGCGGCGGCGGGCGGCGCCGAACGGCCCGGCCACCUGCCCGCCGCCGCCAGCCCCGCCGAGGACCCGCUGCCCGACUACGCCAUGCCCGCGGGGGGCGGCGGCGGGGCGGGGGGCGGCGGCGGCGGCGGCGGCGGCGGGGCGGGGGGGGGCGGCGGCGGGGCGCUGGGGCACGGCGGCGCGGCGGGCGGCCACCAGGAGGGGCCCCACCCGCACCCGCACCCGCACCAGGGCCGCCUGGCCUCCUGGUACCUCAACCAGGCGGCGGCGGCGGCGGCGGCGGCGGCGGCGGCGGCGGCGGCGGCGGGGGGGGGCGGCGGCGGCGGCGGCGGCGGCGGCGGGGAGCUGGGCCCGCUGGCGGGCGCGGCGGGCUACGCGGGGCCGCAGCAGGGCUUCGCCGCCGCCCCGCGGGAGGUCUUCGAGGCGCCGCCUGGGCCUCAGCGCCUCGCCGGGCGGCGGCGGUGGCGGCGGGGCGGGGGGCGGCGGUGGCGGCGGGGCGGGGGGCGGCGGCAGCUGUCAGAUGGCGUUCCCGGCAGCCAGCCGCUCUACCGCACCUCCGGGGCCUUCGUCUACGACUGCGGCAAGUUCUGAGCGCGCCCCGCCGCGGGGAGACCGCGGGGGCCGCCGCGCCCCCGGAGGGGAGGCGAGCGCCCGCGGAAAGCUUUUGUACAGAGACAGCCCCAAAGCAUGUCUUGGUUUGUUAAAGGACAGUGUUACUCCAAUAACACGUAAGUUUUUCGGUUUGGUUUGGUUUGUUGUUUUUUUUGUUUGUGUUGUUUUUUGGUUUUUGUUUUUUUUUUGUUUUUUUUUUUUUUUAAAUUGCUUUGAGAAAUACUUUUUCCCCCGUCCCCCAACCCUCUCUCUUCCCCACCCCUUAAGGUAUUGUCAUGCCCCGCGUUUAAAAGGGGGCGAAAAGUCCAGCGUAGAGUACCAGCUUCUUUCCCCCCACCCCCUUCCUCUUUUACAAGGACUUGUUUUAAAAUGUAAAUUGCGACAUAGUAAUUUAUUUUUAAUUUGUAGUUGGAUGUUGCGGACCAAACGCCAGAAAGUGUUUCCCCCUUCCCUGAAAAGUGACGUUAAAAUUGACUGAAACGCUGAUUUUUUCACUAUAUAUAAAAAGGGAAACUGUAUUAAUCUUAUUCUAUCAAUAUUUUUCCUUUUUUUUUUUUUUGUUGAAAAUAUUCUGAAGGUAUUGCAUUGUUUGUUUAUUAAUAAAUUACCAUUCAGUUGGAAUGAUC